AUCGGCUACUAAUCGGUUGUCGGGCACACGGUCUGUCAUUGAUCGGGCUUUAGAGAAAAGUCAGUUCUUUUCGCCAAGGGCACAAAAAAGUCCCAUUUUCUGCAAAAUAUCCAAGUAUUCAGGGGAGAAUGGCAAGUUCCGCCUCGAAAGCACCUCUCUUCCGAUCAGUUGCCAUCCGCGGAUUCGCCGCUCAGGCUGCCUCCAAGCCUCUACGUGGUAGUAGCGAUGUGCAUUCUACGGUGCUGCCGAAUAAACUCGUCGUAGCAUCAGCUGAGUCUGCAACACCCAUCUCCAGGGUUUCCAUCCUCUUCAAUGCUGGCUCACGCAAUGAGAACUACGACAAUCUAGGUACCACCCACGUCCUCCGUGCUGCUGCUGGAUUGACCACCAAGGGUUCCACCACGUUUGCAAUUACACGCAAUAUUCAGCAAAUUGGUGGCAAUCUCAGCGUGACUAGUGAUCGUGAAGUGAUUGCUUACACGCUCGAGGUGACCCCAAAUCAUCUCGACACGGGACUCAAGUUCCUCCAGGACGUUGCCACUGGACAGGUAUUCAAGCCAUGGGAACUCGAUGAGACCGCAACGCGUCUUCGGGAGGAUUUAGCUCGUAUCCCAGGACAGGUGCGUGCUAUGGAUCUCCUCCACCGUGCUGCUUUCCGUAGCGCUCUGGGGAAUUCCAUUUUCUGCCCCAAGCACCAGAUUGGACGUAUCUCCCCUGAGACUCUUCAGCAUUAUGUUGCAUCCAACUUUACCACCAACAGGACUGCUGUUGUAGGAGUUGGCAUUGACCACAAUACGCUCUGUGGGUACGCCCAGAAUCUUCCCAUUGAUUCCGGAGCUGGCAAGGAAAAUUCUUCACCAUUUGUGGGUGGCACAGAAGCCAGGUUAGAUCGUGGAGGACAAUGGGCUCACGUGGCUAUAGCCACACAGGGAGAAGGUUGGAAUACUAAUCCGAAGGAAGCUCUGGCCUAUCAUGUUCUUCAGUACGCUGCUGGAGUUGGCCCAUGGACAAAACGUGGUAAUAAUAAUGGAAUCAUCGGGAAAGCUAUCACCGGAACCCUCGGGGAGAAACCCUUCGGCUUUGGAGCCUUCAAUGCCACAUACAGUGACACAGGGCUCUUUGGAUUCAUCCUCUCAGCCGAAGCCAGGGAUGCUGGGAAAGCAAUUGAGGCUGCUGUGAAGACUCUCCGUUCAGGAAGCCUCACAUCCGAUGAUAUUGCCCGCGGGAAGGCACAAUUUAGGAACGACUUCCUAUACUGGGUGGAGAAUGGGGAGAAUCUAGCUGUUGAUCUUGGAGCUCAGGCUGCCCUUUGCCGAUCUGUGUUGUCUCCAGCACAGAUAGUUGCUGAGAUAGACGCGAUUUCUGCAUCAGAUGUCAAUGCUGUGGCAAAGAAGGUAGCAUCCGGAAAACUCUCACUGGCAGCCGUUGGGAAUUUGGCAACUGUACCCCAUGUAGAUCAGUUGUAAAUCACUUUCCUUCUGUGUGUAAUUAAUAAUAUAUUUAAUUGAAACUCUGCAGUGAGUAAUAAAGAAGCCCCCUACAGAAAGUUCCAACAUCUCUUUCCGGGGGAUAGAUAAUAAUAAUAAAAAUAAAUUGUUUGUUCCAAAA